UUGAUAUCAUAAGACUGAUUUCUUGUAAUGCGUGCAGUACUUUUGUUUGUGUACUUCACAAAUUUUGUAAACUGAGCUCAAUUCACCACUCAUGCAUGCAGUAUUGCAUUACUGAGCCCUAUUUUAGUACUUUAAAAUUGUAAUGCUAUAGUAACUAGCUAUAAUUUUUGUAAAUGCCAAAAUAACGAGAAUCAAAACUAAAUUGAGUUGUCAGAAUAAUGGAAUUAUAACUCAAAACAUGGGCUCCUGCUCAAAAUUAAUAGAAAUAACAUUAAUUUGGUGCCACACUUUCUCCGAUUCUGUCCGUCUUCUCCAGCUUUCCUGAACUACACGUGGCUAGAUACAUAUCUAUGUCCGCAUUCUUUCGUGGCAUCUCCCGCUCCGUCUCCCGCUUUUAUCCGUCAACUCCCGCUCCUGCUCCCGCUCCGUCUCCCGCUUUUAUCUGGUCCCCAUGAGCCCUCAUUUUCUUGGCUAUAGCUCUAACUUUUGACUUAGAGAUUCUAUUGUAAAAAUGAACAUACCAGUGCAUUCCUCUCCUUUGCCACAUCUAUUGUGGUACUUAAGAUAGGGUCUAUAAUUGGUAUAACCCAUACAGAAAGUAUUAUAGCCACUUUUCACAAAUUUAAUUUAUUUGCAUUGUUGUGUUAAAUAAUGGGUGGGGUCUAUAAUCAUUCAGUGUGCCAAUUCUAGAUCUAUUUAUGCAACAAUUUACGAAAUAUUAUAGACAGUGCUUUACUUUAGAGGUGUGGCUGCAGAGUGCAGAGGGCUAGACCCAAACUAGAAGAAAAUCCGAGAGAAAAUCUCAAAAUUAAUGGAGGAGACUGUAAUUGAAGUUGAUACUAGUAGAAGAGAAUUGAAAGAUUUCUUGUACAAACACUGGCCUGAAACGAUAGAGAUUAUACAUGGGCUGAAGUUAGCAAAGGAGCUCAAUGCCAAAGUUUUCACUGAUAGCAGUUGGCCUGAUGUUAAAACUGUUAUCUAUACUUAUAAGGAAGGAGAAAUUCCUUUUAUCUAUCCAUUUGGAACUGAUAAUUCAAAAACUGUUGCUAUAGUAAAGUCGGUGAUUGAGUCACAUCUGGACAAAGCACAGCAGCCAAUGAUUAUAGGUUGUGAGGAGGUUUUUCAAGAAUUGAAUAAAUUGGGCAUGAACCAAAAAUUUUCUGAACCUGGUAUUCGAUAUGUUUACACACAGGAUAACACAAAGAUCAAUAGACCAGCUCUUCCUGAAGGAUAUAAAACUGAUAGCAUUCACUCGUCUGAUAUUGAGUAUGUUGCAUCAAAAUGGCCGGGAACCAGCUAAAGAUAGUCCCAAAAUGAAACAGUUGAUGAGGCAUCUUAUUGCUAAUUAUCCAAACGCUGCAAUUUACAAUACAUCAACAGAACCUCCUCGUCCAGUCUCCUGGAUAGUAUCAUCAGGACUAGGUAUCCUCCGUUACAUAUUUACUGAUGAAGAGCAUGAUGGGUUUCAUAGUUGGAGCAGAAUUGGUACGAAAAAUGUUGGCCAAAGGGAUCGCUCCAGUAGGUUACGUUUAUAUUGACAACACUAAAAGUCAAAGACUCUCUGAGUUUGGUGGGUACGCUAAGACAGGAUUACUUUUGGUUCAAAGCAAACUCUGAUCUCUAAUUUAAUGACAAUUUUACUUUAAUAAUAAGUUAAAUAAUGUCUAGUGCAUGUAUGUAUAUAAAAUUGUGUGUGAGUGAGUCUAUAAAGACAAUCUGUGAACUCA